AUGCCGCGCUCCAAGCAACAACCAAGCCUGCUAAUUGCUAACAACAAGAUCACAGUUUACGAUGACUUACCCUUCUCCGUACUCCUCGACCGGCGCAAGUUUGUGCCCGUCACCCGGGUCUUGCACGACCAGGGAAUCAGGUACCGAUGGGGGAUGUCGCAAACCCUAGUAGUUCAGCAUGGAGAGGCGAUGAAGGUCCUAUUGGCCUCUGACGACCACACCUCCACCUGCUCACACCACCCCUCCCUGAGCAGCAGGGGACAGCAGCACAGGCAGCAGAGAACCCCAGCUUGCAACAAAAACGCAGGUCCCGGCAAACAGAGGAAACAAGUCACCCGGGGCGGCGGGACCCCCCGUAGGUACCUGCAAAUUGGAGGUCCCUCAGCAGCGAUGGAGAGGCAAGAGGACCAUGCAGUCAUUCAGGGCAGUUUGAGCAGGCCCAAUCAAAGGACUUACCAUUACUCUGUAAACCAACACUGCCAAAGACAUGGACUACCUCACGCUGAUCUUACAUUUUCCUAA